AUGAAGAUAACAGGCACCUUUGUGCUCCUCACCCUGGCAGUUCUUUGCUUAGCAAUCAGUCAAAAUUCUGAUGCUGCCAAAGAGGAUGAGGUAGACUGCAGUGAAUACAAGAGGUUAGAGAGAGGAAGACCUAUUUACUGUGAAAGACUCUAUCAACCUUUCUGCGGCUCUGAUGGAAAAACAUACAACAACAAAUGUUCUUUCUGCAAAGCAGUCCUAAGAAGCAGAGGUGCCUUACAUAUGAAGCAAGCAGGGGCAUGCUGA